AUGUCUUCCGACGACGAAGGCGUGCGUCGCCCCGGCCGCACUGGCAGUCCCGCGCACAGCAAUGCCAAUGACUCUGGUGCUGAGAACCAUACUGGCGGCAACCCAAUGGAUGAAGAUGAUGAUGCUGAUCUCUUCGGCUCGGACGGAGAAGGUGGUUUAGACGAUCUCAACAAUGAUCAUCGCAGCAUAAAUGACGAGCAACUUGACUCGGGUGAUGAUGAGGGCCGCUAUGACCGACGCGAAGACCGAAUGGACGAGGCCCCCGACGAAGAACAGAUCUUCAACGUUCAGGACCUAGACCUUGCGCGCGCUCCAGUGCCAGCAACCAAUGAUGGAGAGGUCUACUCAAUGCGUGUCCCUGAUUUCCUCUCAGUGGAAGCCGAAGAAUUCAACCCUGCCACUUAUGUACCACCACCUUAUUCGCAAGCCGCUACAUCCCUGUGCUGGCGCAAGGACCCAGAAAACGACGCUCUUUUGCAGUCAAAUGCCCGCAUGAUCCGAUGGGAAGACGGCUCCGUGACCCUCCAACUUGCCUCCGCCCCUCUUGAGCAAUAUCGCAUUGCUUCCAAAUCCCUUGCACCUCUCAACAAGGCUGGCCAAUAUGACACAAAGCUUGACUCCCAUGUUUAUCUGGCUGCUGGUUUAGAGGCAGCGCAAGUAUUCCGCCUGACCUCGCACGUCACACAUGGCCUUACAAUCCUCCCUACGACCCUGGAAACAGAUGACGCUGUUCAGCGUUUGCAAGAAUCAUUGGCUGCGGCCGCCCGAGGUAGCAAGCAGACUGCCGAUGGCUCUGCACCCAUUGUUGAUACUAAAGAGGAUCCUGAAUUGGCCACGAGACGCGCCGAACUGAUGGAGAAAGAAGCUAUCAAGGCCGAGCGUCGUCGCCAGCAACUUGCUGACCGUGAGGCUGACCGCGGUCGUCGUGCCGGUGCUCCUCGUUCCCACGGCACUGGUCUCAGUGUCGGUGCUCUUGAAGAUGGUGGUCUACUAACGACUCGCCCUCGCGCCAAGCCUCGUCGGCAAAACCGCCGUGGAGAGAUCUACAGUGAUGACGAAGAGGACUACUCUCGUGGCGCUCGUAACCGCGAAGACGAAUACGACGAAGACGAUGGAUUCUUGGUUGGCAGCGACGAAGACAUUGAAGAGGAAGAGGUUGAUGAUGAAGAAGAGGAGCUCGAGGAUGAGGACAUGGACGCUGAAGGUGAAGCUGAUGAUGAAGUUGCUCCUGCAAAGGCUGCCCGAAGCAAGCCCGCCCCCAAACCCCAGGGGCGUUCUGAGACACCUCCUGCAGCCCGGAAGAAGAACCGUUAUGUGGUGGAUGACGAGGACGACGAGUAA